AUGUCGAGAAAGUCAUUUCCCGAAUCAGAAUUUGACGCUGAUUCGAAUGGUGGUAGUCUUGUCGCCAACCGUUGCUUUUGUACGGAGCUAUGGUUGGGUGAAAAAUUGGCGAGAAGGGUGAAAUCCCAAAAAAUGUCUGGGAAGUCAUUUCCUGAAUCAGAAUUUAACGCUGAUUCGAAUGGUGGUAGUCUUGUCGCUAGCCGUUGCUUUGGUCCGGACCUAUGGUUGGGUGAAAAAUUGGCGAGAAGGGUGAAAUCCAAAAAAAUCUCUGGGAAGUCAUUUUCUGAAUCAGAAUUUGACGCUGAUUCGAAUGGUGGUAGUCUUGUCGCUAGCCGUUCCUUUGGUCUGGAGCUAUGGUUGGGUGAAAAUUUGGCGAGAAGGGUGAAAUCCCAACAAAUGUCGAGAAA